GCCGGAGGAGGAAGCCCCAAAGCCCGGGGAAUGGGCGCUUCGCGGGGACUGGCUGGCCGCCCAUCCCACGACAAUGGCUAAGGGGGUAGAUUUGGCUUCUGUGGAGACAGGACUGACCUGGAGCUGUCCCAGCUCAGUUCACCAAGAUGAUGUCAUUGGAUGUGGCUGACAGCACAAGUGUGUACACCGCAUUCUUAGUUUACUUAGACCUCUUAGAAGUUAGAAACUGGCAUGAGGUUUCUUACUUUGGGCUACCAGAAUUCCAGCUUGUGGGUCUUUGUGGGCGAGAGAGAGAGGCUGAGGAUGCCCAGGCGGUUUUGCCCACUCCUGCCCACGUGCCGUUCAGCCACGAGAGGUUGAGACAGAUCAUGAAGGGAGUGUAUGCAUUACCAGACCUAUCUCUUUCCCCUCCUUGUUCCAUCAUACUAGCGAUAGUUGAAUCGGAUUCUACCAUAGUUUAUUAUAAACUGACGGAUGGUUUUGUAAUGCCCGAUCCCCCUGAGGAUGGUGAAGCUGCGGACAAUAAACAAUGGAGGAAGAAAAGAAAGAGAUGAUGGACAGAAGUAUUCAGAUCCAAACAAAUCUGAAAUUACAAGGUUCAACUGGGAGUUGGAACAUCUGUUUCAAAAAUCCUCACUAACAUUUGGAAAUUGGCAGGAUAUCGACUGCAUAUAGCCUGUAAUACACCAGGACAGCAUGGGCCAGUUCAAGAAUCCAUCCCUUCCUCACCCAGUUGCUCAAGCCUAGGGACUGGGUUAGCAGAGGUGAAUUUUUGGAAUGAAAGAAAAACCUGCCCUUUUUUCCACACUCAGUAAUUGUCCCUUGGGUACCAGAGAGUUCUUAAUUUUACAGUGUCGACUCUUUCCAGUGAAUUCCUUUGUGUUACAAUAAAAUGCAGCACCUGUGA